UAUGGAUCGUUUAUUGAAACACUGUUUUUGGUGUUUUAUUUACCCAUCGCUGGCUCUUGCAGGUUUCCUUGCAUACAUCACCAUCAAGGCCCUGGUGAUGUGUGUAUAUGUGUGUGUUUAUGUGUGUCAGUGAGGGGGAACUGUGGCCUCCUGUCUGCUCUCGCGACUCUCGUCUCUUCAGCUUCCUGGACUCGAACUACCGGACCAAACGGACAGCUUGAAGCCGCACACCGAGCACCAGCAUGGCAAAGCAGGUGGUCUACAGGAAAAACCACCCUCAGGACAUCGGUGGACAUGUAGCUCAGUGUUUUUAGUUCGGACGAUGUCGCUCAGCGGCAGCACGGGCAGACGGAAGCGACCAAGACCGAGCCUUCACGAAUGUUUGGCUAAUCUUUACUACCGCUUUGUAAUUUCAAAAUAAAAGCAUUGAGAGUGAUGCCUGGCUCCUGCACUGACCGAGAGGAGGACUACCGCUUCCUCCACAGCAUGUUGAUGGAGAAGAAGCUUCAUUUGCUAUUUAAGAUCCAUGAGCAGCUGAGGCAGUUUGAGAAGCGAAGCCCCGUCCCCGUCCAGCAGCACGCAAUGGAUCUGGCCUCCGACUUGUUUGAAGAUCUGAUGCGCCUAAGUUGGACUAAUGAAGUCAAAGAAUUGGCCGCUCUCUUUUCCAAACCCCACUUUAAGAGUCUUUUUUUCGUCCAUGACGCUGUCGCUCAGAGAGACUUUGAGCCCACUCUGCCCUCAGUACCAGACGGGCCCUUGGAGGAGGAUGAGGACUCGGUGAAGAUAGUCAGUCUGGUGAAAACCAAGGAGCCUCUGGGGGCGACCAUUAAGAAGGAUGAAUCCACCGGAGCCAUCGUCGUGGCAAGGGUCAUGAGAGGGAGUGCAGCGGAGAAAAGUGGGUUAAUCCACGAAGGAGAUGAGCUUAAGGAGGUGAACGGAAUCUCACUGGAGGACAGAAAACCAAAGGAAAUCCUGCCUCUUCUGGCUCGCUCUCAGGGGGAAGUCAAGUUCACAAUCGUGCCAGCACUCAAACAGGAAGACACGUCCAGCAGGAAGAAGCUGUUUGUGCGGGCUCUCUUCGACUACAACCCCGACGACGACCCCACCGUCCCCUGUAAGGACGCGGCCGUGGCCUUCAGAUGGGGAGACAUCCUCCAGAUCGUGGACAAAGAUGAUGACGCUUGGUGGCAGGCCUGUCAGGUCGGAGAAGGGAGCGCACGGGCCGGACUCAUCCCGUCGCAGCAGCUUCACGAGAGGAGAGUUGCUCUGCAGCGACCCAAAGCUUUGUUCAACCCCCGUCGACUCAAAUCAAAAGAUGAGCGAGACGUCUCAGAGGACGAAGACUACAGAGCCAUUUCAGGGAUCCACAUUGCUGGUUUAAGAAGGAGCUUCCGCCUGGGCAGAAGGAGCAGUUUGGUGAAGGAAGCAGCUCGUUCCAGGAGAUGGAGCUCUGGAGUUCACGUCUCUCUCCCGCCGCCCACCUACAUCGAGGUCAUCCCCUACACCAAAGACACUGGUGAACAGCACAGACUUGUUGUUUUGGUUGGUCCUAGCGGGGUGGGUGUCAAUGAGCUGAAGCGGCGGCUCCUGCUCUUCGACCCUGACCGAUACGCCGUGGCCGUCCCGUACACCACUCGAGAGCCCAAGAAGCAGGAGAAGGAAGGGACGGACUAUCAUUUUGUGUCGCUCCACAAGUUUGAAGAGGAUAUUCUCAACUACAGGUUUAUCGAAUAUGGGCGGUACAGCGGCCACUAUUAUGGAAUCAGUCUUGACUCUGUGAAACGGGUGAAGACAGCAGGAAAAGUUUGCCUUCUGGACAUCCACCCAAGCAAGAUAAAACACGUCUACUCAUCAGAAUUCAAACCAUACGUGGUAUUUGUGAAGCCACCACGGAUCGAGGAGUUGCGCCUGACAAGACGAAGAUCCAAGUUCAUCUGCGAUGACGAGGGGAAGAGUCCAGUCAGGGAUUUCUCUGAGGAUGAUUUCGAGGACAUGAUUUAUUUGGCUAAAACCAUGGAGGCGCAGUACGGUCGACUCUUCGACAAGGUGAUAGUUAACGGAGACAUCGCCGCAGCCUUCAGGGAGCUCAAGGCCGAUCUCAGGCGGAUUGAAGAGGCAACCGUCCAGUGGAUCCCCACAGAGUGGAUGUGCUGCUCUCCAACACAGGCUCGGAAGAGGUGCGGACAUGUGUCCGGCUGGAUCUAACCGCAGCGCUCU